AUGGUAUUAUCAAAACAUCUUAAACCAUUAAAUUUAGAAUAUUCAAUCCUAAAAGAAAUUCCAAAUUUAAAUUUAAAACCAGAUCAAUUUAGUGAUGCUUAUGAAGCACAAAAAUUAAUUCCUAAAUUUGAAAUUCCAUUAAAAUCAUCUGAACAACAUUUAAUUUAUAAAUAUUUAAAUCAAGAAUUAACAUUAGAUGGAUCACCAACUUUAAAUUUAGCAUCAUUUGUUAAUACAUAUGUUGAUGAUAUUCAAACUAGAAUUGCUGCUGAGAAUUUAACAAAAAAUUUAGCUGAUAAUGAUGAAUAUCCAAGUUUAAUUGAUAUACAAAAUAGAUGUAUUACAAUGUUAAGUAAUUUAUGGCAUGCUCCUCAUACUAUAGAUGAAGUAACUGGUGAUAAAGUUGUUAAUUCUUUAGGAACUGCAACAACUGGUUCUUCAGAAGCUAUUAUGUUAGCUGGUUUAGCUUUGAAAAAGAGAUGGCAAGAAAAAAUGAAAAAACAAGGUAAAUCAACUGCUAAUCCAAAUAUUUUAAUGGCUACUUGUGCUCAAGUUGCAUUGGAAAAAUUUGCAGUUUAUUUUGAUGUUGAAAAUAGAUUAAUUCCAAUAAAUGAAUCAUCAGGUCAUUUAAUUGAUGUUUCCAAAAUUAAAGAAAAUGUUGAUGAAAAUACUAUUGGUAUAUUUGUUAUAUUAGGUUCUACUUUCACUGGAGCUUUUGAACCAGUUGAUGAAAUUUCAAAAUUAUUGGAUGAAGUUGAAAAAGAAAAAGGUUUAGAUAUUAGAAUUCAUGUUGAUGGAGCAAGUGGAGGAUUUGUUGCGCCUUUUAGUUUCCCAAAUUUAAAAUGGGAUUUUUCGAUUGAUAGAGUUGAUUCUAUAAAUACUUCAGGUCAUAAAUUUGGUAUGACUUCUGUUGGAUUAGGUUGGGUUAUUUGGAAACAUGAGGAUUUAUUACCAAAAGAAUUAAGAUUUAGUCUUGAUUAUUUGGGAGGUGUUGAAGAAACAUUUGGAUUAAAUUUUUCAAGACCUGGGUUUCCUGUAUUAUUACAAUAUUAUAAUUUCUUAAGUUUAGGUAAAGAAGGAUAUGCUAAAAUUUUCGAUGGAUGUUUAUCAAAUUCAAGAUUAUUAUCUGAUUAUUUAAUUAAAACUGGUUAUUUCGAAGUAUUAUCAGUAAUUCAUGAACAAAUUGAUGAAGCAGAAUCUAAAAAAAUAUAUACAAAGGAAAGUCAUCAUAAAUUAUCAGAUAUUUGGACAAUAAAUCAAAAAUUUAAACCAGGAUUACCAGUAGUUGCAUUUAGAUUUAGUAAAGAAUUUAGAGAUAAAUAUCCCGAAGUUCCACAAGAAUUAUUUUCUUCAUUAUUAAGAAAAAGAGGAUUUAUUGUACCAAAUUAUCAUUUACCACCAGAUCAAACAGAUAUUGAAAUUUUAAGAGUAGUAGUUAGAAAUUCUCUUGGUAUGUCACUUUUGGAAAAAUUAACUAAUGAUUGUACUGAAAUUGCUGAAUUAUUAGCAAAAGCUGCUGAUACAGUUAGAUCAAUAAUUUCAAAUUCUGAUGGUGAACAAAAUAAACAAGAUAUUCAUAAUUUAUUAUUAGCUAUUGCAACUGGUGGUACUGCACAAAUUAGAAAAGAACAAAAAGAAGAAAAACAUCAAGAUGCUGGUAUUAAUAAAAAAUCUUAUCGUGGUACUUGUUAA